AUGGAUAGGAUCAGAGCUCCAGCUCUGUUCUCUCAGAGGAAAAGACAGAAAGGGAUACAUUCCCCAAGCCUUUCCUGCAGUUAUGAAAUAAAGUUCAGUGAAUUUGUGAUUUUUAUUAUGCAGAGGAAGAUGGGGCUGACCAGAAGGACGUUUUUGAUGGAACUGGCAAGAAGAAAAGGCUUCAGAGUAGAAAGUGAGCUAAGUGAUUCUGUCACUCAUAUUGUGGCUGAAAACAACUCUUACGUGGAGGUGCUGGACUGGCUGAGAGGACAGGCUGUGGGUAACAGCUCCAGGUUUGAACUACUGGAUAUCUCCUGGUUCACAGCCUGCAUGGAAGCAGGAAGACCAGUUGAUUCUGAAAUGAAGUAUCGUCUCAUGGAACAAGAUCGGUCUCCUCCUUUAAAUACACCUGAAUCAGAAAUGCCAUCAUUUAUUGCAAGCAAGGUAUCACAGUAUUCGUGUCAAAGGAAGACAACUUUAAAUAACUACAACGUGAAAUUCACGGAUGCCUUUGAGAUAAUGGCUGAAAGUUAUGAGUUCAAAGAAAAUGAAAUAUUCUGCCUGGAAUUUCUGAGAGCAGCUUCUGUGCUGAAAUUUCUUCCAUUUCCAGUAACCAGAAUGAAAGAUAUACAAGGGUUGCCCUGCAUGGGAGACCGAGUCAGAGAUGUCAUUGAGGCGAUUAUCGAAGAAGGAGAGAGUUCUAGAGCUAAAGAAGUGUUAAAUGAUGAACGAUACAAAUCAUUUAAG